AUGGCAGUCGGUGCUUAUGAACUACCCGUGAGUCAACAUGAUCUGAAGGAUGACGUUGAAAAGAAAUCUAGAAAUAAAGGCAAUAGCUCUUUUUUGAACAUGAUUCCACCAUCCAUCCAAUACAAUAUAAAUAAACUAAAACGAUUACUGGGAUUCAAUGUGGGAAAAAAUAGUAAUGAUGAUGGUGGCCAUCAUUACAAAAUAUUUAACAUUAGAAGAAUUGUAUUGAUACUAUUCAUUGUCACUUUCAGUAUCUUUUGGUUAGCUGAUUCUGGUAGUGAUGAAUCAGUUAGUUCACUAAUUAAAGAAUAUGAAAGAAGAAGAAAUAGCAAUUCUAGAGGCUUAAGAACACCUUUAGGCCAAAGUUCUAUACCAAAUAGUUUGGCCAAUCCAAAUAGAUCUAGGUGGAGUAAAAUCUGGCCAUUUUCUUUACUAAACAAGGAUCCAAAGAUUGUUAUUAUCCUAGCAGCCAAUGAAGGUGGUGGUGUCUUAAGAUGGAAAAAUGAAGAAGAGUGGUUUAUUGAAAAAAUUUCCAUUGAUAACAAAAAAGCUUACGCUAAGAGACAUGGUUAUGGUUUAACUAUUAAAGACUUGACUGUAUCUAAAAGAUAUUCACAUGAAUAUAGAGAAGGGUGGCAAAAAAUUGAUAUCUUAAAGCAAAGUAUGAGAGAAUUUCCAAAUGCAGAAUGGUUCUGGUGGUUAGACUUGGAUACUUUAAUUAUGGAGCCAAAAAAAUCAUUAGAAGACCAUAUUUUCAAUAGAAUAGACCAAAUGACCGAAAGAACAUUAGAAGAAUUCAAUCCAUUGAAUAUUCCAAUCGAUUUACCAUAUGUUGAUUACAAGCAAGAUAUGAAUCUUUUAAUUACUCAAGAUUGCGGUGGUUUCAAUUUGGGUUCCUUUUUCAUCAAGAACUCCGAAUGGUCUAAAUUGUUAUUGGAUGUCUGGUGGGAACCUGUAAUGUAUGAACAAAGACACAUGGUUUGGGAUCAUCGUGAACAAGAUGCUCUAGAAGAAUUAUACCGUAACGAAGCCUGGAUCAGAUCCAAAGUAGGGUUCUUACCAUUAAGAGCAAUCAACUCUUUCCCACCUGGCGCUUGUUCUGAAAGCAAUGAUGAUCCAAGAUAUUUCUAUAAUGAACAUGACCGUGACUUUGUCGUUAACAUGGCCGGUUGUAACUUUGGUAGAGAUUGUUGGGGUGAAAUGAAACAUUACACCUCUACAAUGGAAAGAUUAAAUACCAGAUGGUAUUCUAAACUAUUCCGUCGUUAA